UUUUGCUUUUUAACGUGGUCGGUUGUGUGCUAUUUCGAGUUGGGAGCAAUUAUAUGCCUUGUCUAUUUAGUCAUUCGGUGAAAUUGCAACAAGCUAGCGGUGAUUUAUUACAUUCCAAAAUUGUGACUAUGAGCGGACUGAAUCCUUCUAAGGAGCCUUGCUAAUUCCCUCUGGAGGCUUCUUUUUAAUCUCCUGAGUAAAUUUACUGAUAAACAACUACUUCCUAUACACUUCCGCCGGGAAAAGAGUCAAUUAGGACUUCCGCUUGAGUGGAAAAUGAGCUCCCCAUCAACGUCUUCAGAACACUGUCCUCAUCACGUGCACUUUGAUGGAUCUAUCAAAGAGAAUCUCGAGGCGGACAACAGUAUUGGAUAUCAGAAGAGUGGAGAAGAUGCUGUCACAGUUCACCUGGGCUUCCUGCAGAUAAAUCAUCGGUAUUUGCUGGAGCUGCAAUUGCCCACGAAUGUGUUGCCCGCCUUUCUCUCGGGAGAGAGAAUCACCAUUGCCAGGGAUGAGAGAACAAUUCCCAAUGUCAAUUGCAAAUUCAUAGAGUUUUCCGGGAAGAUGAAGGGACAUUUUGACCUGAAGAUAGAAUUUAUGGCGCACAAAGAGAAGCUGUUGCGAGAAGAGUUGCAUCUGGUCAAUGUACAAAAUACUGAUGAGAAGUUGAAGCUGGUGCUGAGUGCCAGAGUGCUGGGGCGUGGGAAAGGCACGCCAAUGCUGAGGAAUGGGGUUCACUGUGUGGGAAUUGAGGCAGAUGAGGAGUCCGAGGCCUCCGAUUGGCAAGGAUUCUCCUCGCAAGGUGACCCAGAAAAGGAAGGCGAUUGAGAGGGAAAAUUUCAAGUCAAUGACUGUAAAUUUUACGUAGGUUUUACGAGUUUUACGCCAAUAAAUGAGAACGAUUA